AUGAAAGCCGCAACCAUAUCAUCGUUGCCCGUCGCCAUUCUGGCUGCAACCACCUGGGCCGCACCAGUCGAUCCGGAACAACACCCCAUGGUGUUUAUUGGACACCCACAGGUCCCCGUCGCCGCAGAGCUAGCAGCCCCGGGCAGAGCGCGGCCGAACCCGACAUCGCCCGUGAAUCUGAUCACGGCCGUAUGGAACGCAAUCGCCGCCGGCGAUGAGAAGCAACAGAGAGGGGACCUGGAGUCGACUCGCAUCGGUGAUAGGAACGUGGAACCCUUCACAGGGGGAAAGACCGAUUUUGCCGGAAUUCACGCCGAUGCCCUCAUUGUUGCCGGACUCGAGCUGAAUACAACCCCCCCCCCUUUCCAAGCAGUCCCUUCGGAAGCUCUGUCGGUCGAAACCAACAGGCCGUUUGCCGACAGCCAGGGCAACAUAAACAUUGACAUUCCGGAGAAGAAUAUAAUCACCGAGUAA